AUGGAAAACUUGACUGAUUAUUGUCUGCUUCUUCUAUUUUUGGUAGCAGUAAAUGUUUCAUCACUACAAAACCAUAAUUUUUUAACGUCGUUACCGGCAUCUGAUAUUUCAUCUAUCUCCGUAAUUGAAGAUAGCGAUACGGGUAACAAAGGAUCACGUCGUGUUUGUUCAAACUCUUCUUACCGCUCUUGUGACGGGUCAUGCAAUAACUUAAAGAAUCCAAGUUGGGGUACACCACAAACACCUUACAAUUACUUGGUUCCUAAUAAUUAUGCUGAUGGUAAACAUGCAUGGCCUAAAGCUUCUGAUAGAGGACCACUGCCUAAUGCACGUGAAAUCAGUUUGAAGGUAUAUGUGGCGAAACAAGAAGUUGAAACAAAAUGGAAUUUAAAUACGAUGCAAUGGGGUCAAAUCAUAGCUCACGAUAUGUCUGUGGGCGUAGACAACCUACCAGGAGACGUAUCAGCCGUAUGUUGUGAUAUCGAUUUUCAAUUAGCCCCAGACGCUAAUACAAAUCCUUUAUGCCAACCCAUUCUGGUACCUGUUGACGAUGAAUUCAACAUACGAGAAGGAAAAAGGUGCUUAAAUUUGAUAAGGACCAAAUCAAGCGAAAGCAAAAUUGAUGCACCCGUACCAUUAUCAGGAGUAACUGCGUACAUGGAUCUAUCUUUAGUGUACGGAAGUGAAAAUAGAAAAUGCUCGUCUCUAAGGAAAGGAUCUGGCGGUCGUUUAUUAACAUCAGUAUUCAACAAUUAUGAUUGGCCACUACGUGAAGCAAAUCAGCAUAUUUGUGGCGGAGCCCGAUGCGCAAAUGAAUUCGCCUACACUUUGGGCGAUAUUAGAGCAAACCAAAGUCCGCAACUUACAGUUCUGCAAAUUGUCCUUCUACUUGAGCACAACCGUAUUGCUGACAAACUGGCCAACUUGAAUCCACAUUGGGACGACGAGACUAUCUUUCAGGAGGCGCGACGAAUCUGUAUUGCUGAAAUUCAAUACAUUAACUAUUAUGAAUAUCUUACUAUACUACUUGGGAAAAACAACAUGGUUCACCAGAGACUGAUUUAUCCGAACGCGCGUGGCUAUGUAAAUGAUUACAACUCAAACGUUAACCCAGCAGUUUUAAACGAGCAUGCCAUAGCUGCUUUCAGACAUUUUCAUACUAUGAUUCGUGGAUUUCUAGAGUUGAUAAGGGAAAAUCGGCGUGUAGCGUAUAUUGCACGCUUAAGUGAUUGGUUCAAUAGACCGUCAAUAAUAGAAAUCGGUGAUAAUUUUGAUAACUUCAUCAGGGGCUUAUCGUAUCAACCGGCAGAUAAAAGUGAUGAAUAUUGUGAUCCCGAAAUAACACAAAACUUAUUCAGGGACAAUCACACAAGUGGCGAAGACCUACGUGCCUUAGACAUUCAACGAAGUCGGGAUCAUGGUGUUGGAACUUAUGUAGAACUCCGUAAUUUCUGUGGAAUGUCUGUUCCAAAGACUUUUAGCGAUUUGGAGGGUUACAUAACAAAAGAGAACGUGAAGAUAUUGAGAUCUUUAUACAAAGGGCCCGAAGACAUAGAUUUAGUAGUUGGUGGAUCGUUGGAAAAACAUGCGCCCGAUGCCCUCGUUGGUCCGACAUUUCUCUGCAUUCUCCUUAAACAGUUUUACAACACGCGCGUAGGCGAUCGAUUCUUUUUCGAAAAUGGUGCUGACAAAAGUAUUGCCUUCACAUUACCCCAAUUAGAAACUAUACGCCAUGGAGCUUCUAUGGCACGUCUACUGUGUGAUAAUGGACGCAAUAUACAACGGAUGCAGCCAAAGGCCUUUGCCUUAGUAUCACCCGAAAAUCCUUUGGUGCGUUGCAGUGAAUUACCAUUCGUUGAUUUGACAUUAUGGAAAGAUUCGUUGGAAAAU